AUGCCAACAGCACUCGUCACCCGAGCCGGAGUCGGAUUCGAGCACCGAGAAUACUGGGUCAGCGUCCUUCUCAUGUGCGAAGCAGGCAUGUCUCUAUUCAUGUGUCCCAUAUUCGGCUACCUGGUCGACCGCGCACGCACACGUCGACUACCCUUCAUCAGUGCCCUGGUCAUACUAACCGGCUGUAUGCUGAUCUUACAACUGGCGCAUUCCAUCGCUGCGUUUGUCAUAGCUCGUCUACUCCAGGGCAUUGCAGGUGCUCUAGUAGUGGUAGCGGCAUUCGCUCUCAUCGGCGACGCCGUGUCCCAGGAGCAUCUCGGUCAGACAAUAGGGUAUCUUGGCUCCGCGAUUGCCUCGGGGUUCCUACUGGGUCCGUUCCUCGGAGGCGUUGUGUACAAUUCGGGUGGGUACAACGCCGUGUUCUGGUUUGCGUAUCCUAUUCUUGCGCUUGACAUGGUUAUGCGGCUGGUUUUGAUCGAGAAGAAGGUGGCUGCUCAGUGGACUGGAGAAUCAAACGGGAACCUGGAGUCGGAUCUGGAGACGGCGCAGCGUAUUCCCUCUGUCGGUUCGCGCGAACCACAGGUCAUCCAAAGAAGGAAAGGGCUCGUUAUCUUCCGGAUGCUCAGACAGCGCCGAGUGUUGAUCUCUUCGUGGGCGCUCCUCGCGCAGGGAAUCUUGCUUUCUGCUUUUGAUGCGACUCUCUCCAUCUUCGUCGAAACGACAUUUGGCUGGAACUCCCUCGGCAUGGGACUAAUCUUCCUCCCAAUGGCCGUCCCGGCCUUCUUCGAGCCGCUGUUCGGCGGCUUCACGGACAAGUUCGGUGCCCGCUUUGUAGCCUUCGGCUGUUUCGUUCUUCUCUCGCCCACCCUCAUCUGUCUCCGGUUUGUCCAGGCAAAAUCGAAUGAACAAAUCGCUCUGCUGGUAUCCUUGCUCUUCCUUGUCGGGGUCUUCAUCCACGCCUGUGCACCAGCUAUGUACGUUGAGACGCAGCGUGCACUCACGGCAAUGGAACUCAAGAGCCCAGGCAUACUCGGAUCCAAGGGUGCCGUGGCGCAGGGAUUCGGAUUGCAGAGUAUGUGCCAGUUUGCUGGGGUGUUCUUCGGACCACUUUGGGGUGGGUUUGUCGAGUAUCGUUUCGGAUGGGGGGCGAUGACGGGCACAUUGGGAGUUUUCGUAGCGCUCACUGCGCUUCCGAUGCUGUGGUUAGGAGAAACCGAGGAGGAGAGGGCUUUAAUGAGCUGA